GUAUUUCAGACACUUCUUUGUAUCACAAAAUGAACAAAGACCAGAUUUAUAUUAGGCGUUUAUUUAAUAUAAUAAAAAAAGUAUAAAGUGUAAUAGAUUAAACAUUCCAAAAAUUUGCUAUAGUAAUUUUUUGUGAGUGCUUCAAUAUCGAAUCACUUAAAUCGCUUGUUUCGCAAGCGGAUUCAAAGUGUAGAUUUUAUGAAGAAGUGAUUUAAAGUGUCGAAAUGCCGCCCUACGGUUUCCCUAACUAUGAUUUCAUUGACGACGAUACAAAUAGUCCGGAAAAUGACAAAGAUAAUGAAAAAGGCGACGUCAACCUAUCCCAAGUGACGUUAUGGUAUAUGGUUGUGUUAGUAACCCUGUUGCUACUCUGGAUACUAAUUUUCUUCUGUCUACGAAUUUUCACACUGAGGCAAAAGACGCGCAACUCGCAACAGAGACGAACAUACAUGGGCUCUCGACAGCGACCGUCAGAUUCACAGUCGGAACCAACUGUUUACGUCAGCCCAUCCAACUAUCCCCCACCCCCCAAAUAUGAGGCAAUGGCACCGCCUAGUUACGAAGAAGUAGUUGGAAUCCACUAUCCGAGCUUUCAACCAACGGUUCAACCGAUAACCCAACCAAUCACAGCAGCGCUUGCACAGGGCUCAAAUUCAACGAACAGUGAAAAUGAAAACAGUGCCAACAGUAACGUUAAUGUUGUACCAAAUAACGUUAAUGUGCGUAACGAUAACGUUACUCCAUCAACAGUUAUAACUGUUAACGCAGACGAACGAACAACCGUAACGGUUGCAGCUUCAUGAUUCUAGAAUAUAAUAUUAUAUAUUUAUUAACCAGUUUGACUGGUGUGGAAAUGCAUUUAUGGGGUUAAGUACAUAGGAUUAUGUACAUGUAUGAGAGCUAUAUAAACGAAUGUAUAUAAUUUUGGUUUUCAAAAAUAGCGUAAUAUUUUACAGUUUGAAGACUUGAUUUCAUAACACACUUUUAGUGAAAUAUUAAGAAGUUAAAUUUUGAUAAUUCACGUCUCCCGUUGCAUAAUUCUUUGCACAUAUAUUUUUAUUAUAAGAAAUUAAGCAACGUUUUGAGAGACAACACUAUGUAAAUACAGAUAAAUAAAAUAACCCUUAAUUAACGUUAUUAACGAGUAACGGAGUCAUGAACAAGUUAAUGUUAUAAAUAUGAGAUUUUCGUAAUAAUUUUCAGUCUUUCAAGAGGACGUAAGACUGACUGUUGUUACAAUUAAUAAUAUUAUUAAAAUACACGUUAUUUACAAAUCGAUUGUUAAAAUGACGCCUGUUAUGUUUACGUACCUGUAUUUUGUAAUGUUAUAUUUAAAGCGAUAUAUUUUACUGAAAAUAUUUAUAAUAAAUAAUUAGUUAUAAGUAAA